AAAAUAUCUGGCAAGCGAGACAUUCCGAGACCAAUAAAAUGAGAUUGUUUACCUGUGAUACCACAAUGAAAUUGUGUGCAGAUUAAACCGUGAACGUUAGCAUCUAUUGGAAAUGUUUGUCUAUCUUAGUAAGAAGAUUGCAAUUCCUAACAAUAUUCGGCUACACUGUGUUUCAUGGAAUAGACAACAUGGUUACAUAGCCUGUGGUGGUGAAGAAGGCUUGCUCAAAGUUGUCAAACUUGAAGCGCAAACAGGAAAUGAUUCUAAAGUCAAAGGUCUUGCUGCUCCAAGUAAUUUAUCUAUGAAUCAGUCUUUAGAAGGACAUACUGGAGCUGUUCAGGUUGUGGCCUGGAAUGAACAACACCAGAAACUGACUACUAGUGAUCAAAAUGGACUUAUUAUUGUCUGGACACUUUAUAAAGGAGCCUGGUAUGAAGAAAUGAUCAACAACCGAAACAAGUCAGUUGUUAAAGGGAUGAAAUGGACUUCAGAUGGUCAGAAAAUAUGCAUAGUUUAUGAAGAUGGUGCUGUUAUUGUGGGCUCACUGGAUGGAAACAGAAUUUGGGGCAAAGAAUUAAAAUCUCUUCACUUGGCUUGUGUUGAAUGGUCACCCGAUGGAAAGAAAAUCUUGUUUGGCAUCGCUAAUGGUGAAGUGCAAAUAUUUGAUAAUGGUGGAAACUUCAUUAGCAAAAUGAAAAUUCUUUGUUUGGCCAAUGUAACUGGAGCUAUACAGAUAGCAGGAUUGGAAUGGUAUAAUGGACUUUAUGGCUACCUGGAGCCUAACUGCCCUACAUUAGCUUUGUGUUUUGACAAUGGUCGAUGUCAGAUCAUGAGAAAUGAAAUUGAUGAAGAACCUAUCAUGGUGGACACAGGGCUUCAUAUUGCCCAGAUAGCUUGGAAUCAUACUGGAUCAAUCCUAGCCAUUGCUGGAGCUCAGCCUACAGGUGGUCAAGAGAAGAGCAUCAAUGUUGUUCAUUUUUACACACCAUAUGGGGAGCAUUUACGAAUCUUAAAAGUUCCUGGAAAUGAAAUGUCAUCUUGUUCUUGGGAAGGUGGAAGUCUCAGAGUUGCUCUGGCUGUUGGCAGUUUUAUUUACUUUGCCAAUAUCCGACUGGACUAUAAGUGGGGAUAUUGCACUAACACAGUUGUGUAUUCCUACACCAAACCUGAUCGCCCUGAACACUGUGUAGUUUUCUGGGAUAUAAAAAAUAAUGAGGAGCAGACUGAAACGGCUUUACCAUUUUGGGUGGCCAAUGGAAUAGUUACUGACAAAAAGAAAUUUGUAAAGUAUGUUAAAAAUUUAACUGGCAUAACAGCUUGGGGAGAUUUCUGCUGUCUAGCAACUAAAGGGGAGGAUACCAAUAAUCAGUAUGUGCUUGUCCUGUGCAACUCCAUUGGAACGCCUUUGGAUUCUAAAUAUAUAGAGAUGGAGCCCUUAUAUCUCUGUAUGACAAAGACUCAGAUUAUCUGUGCAUGCAAGGAAGCCUUUUACUGCUGGCAGUUUAAGAAUCCUAAAAAGUUAGCUUCUUUGGAGAUUGCAUCCAAACGCAAAGCAGGAACUGAGAGAUUGGUUCACAUUGAUGACAUUCCUUCUGGCACUGCAACUGGAUUAGAGGAUAUUGACUUUAGACGAGCUUUCACAUCCACUAAAGAUCAAAUAUGUUGUAUUUGUGCUUCAGACAAGACGCUAUUAGUGGGAAGAGAGUCUGGGGCUCUAGUUCGCUACUCACUGCCUAUGAUUGCCCUGACUCACAAAUAUACCUUGUCUGUCCAGCCACACCAGUUGAGCCUGAACUGUACUUCGAGUCGUGUUGCCAUCAUAGAUGCAUCUGGCAUAUUGACGUUCUUCGACCUUGACACAAGAGUGGCUGAUGCAGAUGGAAAAGAAGUAAUAGGGGAGCAUCCAAAGUUUGAGAGAAAAGAUGUCUGGGAUAUGAAGUGGGCACAGGACAACCCAGAAUUGUUUGCAGUGAUGGAGAAAACUAGAAUGUACAUCUUUAGAAAUUUAGAUCCAGAGGAGCCUAUCCAAUGUUCUGGAUACAUCUGUGAAUUCAGUGACCUUCAGAUCAAAUCAGUUCUACUGGAUGAGAUUAUGAAAGACCCAGACAACCCUUCCAAAGAUGAUAUUAUUCAAAUGGAGAUCAAAUCACUCAGAGACACUCGCAAUCUGCUUGAAAAAGUUGGCAUCGCAGAGACUCAGCAGUUCAUAGAGGAUAACCCUCAUCCUAGGUUAUGGAAACUAUUGGCAGAGACUUCAUUAGAACAGCUAAAUUUAAAAGUUGCUGAGACAGCAUUUGUCAAAUGUAAAGACUAUCAAGGAAUAGAGUUUGUUAAAAGACUUGGCAACUUACAAAAUGACAGUAUAAAAAAGGCAGAAGUAGCUGCUUAUUUCAGGAGAUUUGAUGAAGCUGAGAAAAUUUACUUAGACAUUGACAGAAGAGACUUAGCUGUCAGCUUAAGAAAGAAGCUAGGUGAUUGGUUCAAUGUGAUUCAUUUGCUUAAAAAUGGUGGAGGGGGAGAUGAUGUUCAACUAGAAGAAGCCUGGAAUGCUGUUGGGGAUUACUAUGCAGACAGGCAGAAAUGGAGUCAGGCAGUGACCUAUUACUUACAAGGACGUAAUCAAGAGAGAUUGGCAGAGUGUUAUUACAUGUUAGAGGAUUACAAUGGCUUACAUAACAUGGUGAACACACUGCCAGAAAAUCAUAAACUUCUGCCUGAGAUAGCAGCCAUGUUUAGUAGUGUUGGUUUAUCUGAACAAGCUGUUGAAGCUUACUCAAAGUGUAAUCGAGUGAAAGCAGCCAUUGACUCUUGUGUGCAUUUGAACCAAUGGAACACAGCCAUUGAACUGGCCAAAGCCCACAAUGUCAGAGAGAUUGACAUGCUGUUAGCCAAAUAUGCCCAACAUUUGCUGGAGAAGAAAAAAGUGCUGGAUGCUAUCUCCCUGUACAGGAAAGCUGGCCACUACAUGGAUGCUGCCAAACUGAUGUUUAAGAUUGCCAAUGAUCAGAUGAAGAGUCGUAAGAAUCCUUUGAUCAUCAAGAAAAUGUAUGUACUGGGAGGUCUGCUAGUAGAACAGUACCAUGAGGCCAUGAAAUUAACUUCCAGAGCCAAGGGGAAAAAUAAACAAGCUGCAUCAGCUCUUGCAGGUUUCUUAGAAGAAGAUGUUUCAGCCUUGUCAGACACCAACAUCAUAGACAAUGCCUGGCGUGGAGCUGAAGCAUAUCACUUUUAUAUCCUGGCCCAGAGGCAGUUGCAUGAAGGCUAUGUUGAUGCUGCUAUGAGAACUGCUCUCCAUCUGAGAGACUUUGAGGAUGUCAUAGACCCAGUCAAUACUUACUCUUUGUUAGCUCUGGCAGCAUGUGCCAAUCGUGCCUUCAAUGUCUGCUCCAAAGCAUUUAUCAAACUGGAGUCACUGGAAUCACUGACGGCAGAACAAAAGCAACACUUUGAAGAACUGGCCAUGGAAAUAUUUACAAAGCAUAGUCCUAAAGACAUGAGGGCCAACAAAAUAGAUUGUCCAAGUUGCAGUUCUCAAAUGCUUGACUGGAUGACUGUCUGCCCAAGUUGUGACACAAAGUACCCCACCUGCAUAGUUACUGGCCGACCCAUUUUUGAAUAUCAGUUUUGGAUGUGUGGCAACUGCAAGCACAGAGCCCACCAAUCUGAAAUAGCCCACAGGAAGUCCUGCCCGCUGUGUCAUGCCUUGGUUUAAAAUAUAAAUAUAUCAUCAUGCCUUGGUUUAAAGUAUGAAUAUAGUAGGCUCACAUGAGAAACAAAAAGCCAAUUUUAUUUAUACAAACUAAGUUAAGUGAUGUUGAUUACUUAGAGAAAAGACUAAUUCACUUGACUUGAAGUAUGCAACCUCUGAAGGCCUUGUGAAUUAAUAGAUUCAUUUGGGUUUUCCCACUUCCAAUUAUAGUUUUUGCCUUUACUAAAAAGUGCUUGUGAAGAGUACCACUUAGAGAUUAGUGACAUAAUGAUCUGAAAAGCUUGGAAUUCCCACUUAAAAAGAAUAUUGCAUGAUGUAUCCAAUACCUGCACUUAUAUGUCAUACAUUUAGUUGACAAACCAAACAAACCCAAAUAAACCCAACAAAGCUGGGAUUAAAGAUAGCACAUAAAUUAAGUGUUCAACAUAAUCAUUCCCAGUAAGAAGUUUACGGUAAGUUUACUUCUUCUAGUAAUUUGGGAUGCACAAUCUGCAUUAUAUCAUUUAAAAUGUCCUAUCAUCUGAUUUGUCAUAAUAAAUGUCAUGUAAAGUAUCAUAUCAUAUCAUCAGCUGAUUUGUCAUUAUAAAUGUUAUUGAAUGUUAUAUCAUUAUAUGAUCUGUCAUAUAGAAUGUCUUCAAUGUCACAAGAAAUAAGGAUUAUUUCUUUCCUCUUUUUAAAGCUAAAAGCAGUAACAUAUACUUCAUUUAUUUAUUGAUGAUUAGAUUACGUUUUACGUUGAUUAUUUGAAUGGUAUGAACAAAAAUAUGUUCUAGUUUAUUAAUUGCAUUAAAUGUGAAAAGCUGAAUGAACAAUUUCUUAAAGAUCUGAAAAAUGUUGAAAACAUUGCGUCCAUUUUUAUUUUACAAUAUUUUUUGUUGACUUGUAUGUGUAAUAAGAUCAUAAUGUUGUUGUUUUUUUUCUUCUAAAAAUGUUAUAAAAAUAACUAUUAUUGAAAUAAUAUUUAUGAACAUGUUUAUAAAAUGGUACAUGUUUAUAUGUCAAUUUUAUAUUUUUAUUAAUGUUCAUAAUUUCAUUUUCUCAUUGCGUGGGGAUUCUGGGUGCAAAAGACAAAAAAAAUAAACUGAUAUUGAGCACAAUAAAGUAAAUUAUAUGUAGGCCUUUAUUGUUCAAUGGAUGCAAUUCAUAUUUACAGAUAUGAGAAUGCUAACAUGUUAAAAAAUCUAUAAUCUGUGAUUAUUGUAUACAUCUUGACACCAAAAUCCGAAA